UGUGUCAACCACCUGGUUAAAGGUAUAUUAGGAUAAGCGAGGUACGGUCACACUGCACAAAACAGCAGCGUGUUGCGGGCCAAUCUUAAGGAAAACAAGCCGAUUUUUUUAAACUUUUAGUAUAAUUAGGAUAGUAAAAUUGCCAUUCCUGCUGCGUAGGCUUCCAAGAGUUAUGCGGAGAUGUGCGCCGAGCCUGCCUGGUGCCCCUGCCGCUGCUGUUUCACCAAUCACAACCGCCCGACAGCCGCCAAAGUCGCGGCUACACGUCAUCCAAGCCAAUUAAGAGUUCCCGUUUGCGCUCCAGGGACAGGGAUUACGUAUAUGUGCGUAUGAUGGGCAUGCAGGACGAUCUGGAUGGCAUCGUUAGGAACCGCCGAAAAAACCUGAGCCUUCUGCAGCUUUUGGCCCUCACCAUGGCCGGCUUGGUGGCCGUAAAUCCUGUCCAGAUUCAAGCACAACCGCGGGACUUGGAGGCGCCGGGAUCUCCCAGGCCGCCAGCCCUGACGCACUGCGUGGAGGAGGAUCGUAGUCGUAUUGGAAGAAGACUCCUGUAUAUUACCACCUUAGAUGGAAGGUUGAGCGCCCUGGACAUUGGAAAGUCGGGAAAGCUUCGUUGGAGCGUGCCAACUGGUCCAGGGCCCUUGAUUUCCUCCAGUAUUCAUCGCCUGGAGUUGACCAACAAUGGGCAGUUUGUGCGAAUGAUACCCUCGCUAAGUGGCGGCAUAUACAAGUUUGACGGAGACUCUAUUGAUCCGAUCCCCAUUACGGCCGAGCACUUGCUUAGUUCCAGUGCCAAAUUUAGUGAUGACCUUGUGAUUUCGGGCGGAAAAGAGACGCGCACCUAUGGCGUCUCCGUUCGCACAGGUCAGUUACUCUACGAGUGCUCUAUUAAUGGUUGUGUGAAUACUACGGACGAGGGUCGUGCCAUAAACGACACAAUCGAGGAACCGGAGCUGGGCGAUAGUCCAGGGGAUGAGGACGACGAUCAUCUUAGGGAUGAGGCUGGUUACGUCGUUGGCCACGAUCCGCUUUUGGACGAUGUGAUUGUAGUGCGCCGCCAGACUCAAACUGUCCGCGCUGUGGAAUCGCGCACGGGAAUGGAACGCUGGAAUUUCAGUGUGGGGCAGCAUGAGCUUGAUCUUGUCCCCGCCGCCGAAUGCAAUCACCAGCCUCGCGACGAGCUAGAGCUGGCCGUCUUGGAUGUGGAUAUCAAAGUGGUUGUGCCGGAGGGAGUCAUUUGUGCUUUCAGCAAGAGUGAUCCACAGUCAAUGCUGUGGAAGUACAAGUUUGAUCACCCGAUUGUAAGUGCUUGGAAUACCAAUGCUGCUGACGAGCUGAAGCCCAUCGAUCUAUUUAGCUCCGCCCAGUGGUUGUGGGAUCUGGAUCAAGACGAGGACGAGCUGCCGAACAGACCACAGGCGGCGCCGUCCAUCUACCUCGGCAUGUACGACAAGCAGUUAUAUAUCCAGGAGUCGAUUCGCUUGCGUCAAGAAAUCAUGGACCAGACUCAGGUGUAUCAGCAGCUUACAGGCGAUACAAGCUUGAUGCCGAAAAUACCAUGGAAGCCAAUAGCAGCUAGCAGCAAUUCUCUGGUUAUCUUUAAAAAAGACCAAGAGGUGCCAGAAGUUAUUGGGGAAGCACCUAAACAACAGGGCAGUGAGCUCGUGCCAUACGAUGAACACAACUACGCCGUUGCGGCUCAAUCUGUGCUGAAUGCUUCGGAGUUCGUUAAUGGCAACGGAUUCUACUUCUACACCACCGCUGAACUAGAAAAUCCGUCAGAGUGUGGCACUAAUGAGACUCCUAGUGACUUUCCCGCCAUCGAGGCUCCACCGGACCCGAGUAACGUCACAGACUCAGAACCUAGGGGAAACACGAGCAUAAACGAUGAUCUUGGCUUUAGUCUGGACGACAUUGAUGCUCCUGUAAAGGUAGUGAUCCUCUCAUUGUGGUUCUGGUGGAAGGAAAUAGUGGUCAUCGCUUUUACGUCUGCGGUAAUCCUAAAUAUUUUCAUGGGUCAGCGCAAUCAGCGAGUGGAGCGCGAGUAUUUGGUGAUCGAACGCCAUGUUCCAGUACAGACGGCUAUCGAGGCCACCGAGGCAUCCACCCAGGCUCUUCUCGGUCCUGUGGUGCCGUUGCAGCGUCCUGUGAAUCGGUUUAGUUUUCCGAACCCUAACCAGCGGACUAUCUCAGAGUCAACAUCACAUUCUGGCGAGCACUACACCUCCCGUUUCCAAACUGACUUUGAACUGAUGCAGUGCCUCGGCCGCGGCGGAUUUGGUGUGGUUUUCGAGGCCAAAAAUAAGCUGGACGAGAACCGCUACGCCAUAAAAAGGAUUACGUUACCCAACAAGGACUCUUCCAGGCAGCGUGUGCUGCGUGAGGCACGUACUCUUGCCAGCUGCGAACAUCACAAUAUCGUACGCUAUUUCCAUUCCUGGACCGAAACACCGCCUACUGGAUGGCAGGAGGAAGAGGACCGAAAGCUUCUCGCCCAUGAGCUAUCCACUUCCAUACAAAUAGAAACGCCUGACGAAAGUACACUCCCUUCGCUGGCAGAGCAGUUGAAAGAAAAGCGCCAUCAACAACUGCUAUCCUGGGUGUCAGAUGCUGCCAAUAGCACAGCUUGCAGCCAUGACUUCCACGGCCAUGGAGAGCCAUCUCUAAGGAACAUCCGGGAGGAGUACGAUGACGAUGAAGAAGAGGAUUCUCUCAUUGAGUUCCGCAGUGAGUCCCAGUCGGCGGCUUUGAGGGCGGGUGAUAAUGACGAUGAGGACGACGACGAUGACGACGAAGACGAGGACGAUGAAGAGGAACACCUAGAGGAAGACAAGAAGAGGCUCCAAAGGAGCUCAGUGUCCAUCGACAUACACUCUGCUUCGUUUGAUCUGAAAAACAUCAAUUACUCACAGCACCAACUGGUGUCAAACUCCUUUCAGAUCGAAUCGGUUCGCUCAAAGAGCAACGUCAGCGACGAUACAGAGGACGAUAGUAAGCCACGCAAGAAACCACUCACUCUGGCACUGGCCCACAACCACAACAACAAUGGUAGUCAUCCAACGCCUCCAAGCGCUACACUUCAGAAUGGAGUGGUUGCCAAGCCAAGCAAGGUGUACCUCUACAUCCAGAUGCAGUUGUGCCGAAAGGAGAGUCUGCGCGAUUGGCUGAGGGACAAUCGCACGGAGGCUAGGACGGCCCAUAUUGCUGAUAUUUUCCACCAGAUCGUAGACGCCGUAGACUAUGUACAUCUGAAGGGCUUGAUCCAUCGGGACCUUAAGCCGAGCAACAUCUUCUUCUCCCAGGAUGGCCAGAUUAAGAUUGGCGACUUUGGUCUUGUCACCGACAUGGCGGACAUCCCGAAUCUGGUGGCCAAGUGCGGGGAUCAGACUGGGUUGCCCUCAUGUGCCCGACACACCCAGCAAGUGGGCACCCACCUCUACAUGUCGCCUGAACAGCUGCUAGGCCGGCACUAUGACUACAAGGUGGACAUAUAUUCGCUGGGCCUUAUUUUCUUCGAGCUGCACGUGUACUUCUGCACCGAAAUGGAGCGGAUUAAAACGAUGCGCAACCUAAGAGAUGGACAGUAUCCCAAGGACUUUGCAGUCAAGUACCCGGAGCAAUACGACCUUCUGCAGCAGAUGCUGUCUGCAGACCCGGAACAGCGUCCGCAAACCAAGCAACUGAAGAGUCAACUGCAUGAGAUUCUUCAGCUGCCGCAGCACUUGAUGGAAGGACGUGGUGAGCAUGCAGUGCUGGCGGAGCGGGCCAGGCGCCUCAGUCGAAGUCGAACCUUUAGCAGCUCUAGCGAGCAGCAGCAGUGAUAGACCAAAGCCGACAGCAGCUUUAUCAGAUAACAAUUCAUUUAUAAGCCAUUCACCAAACGCGCCCGAUUGUGUGUUAACCCUCACCUGGCUAUGCCUCAUUCGCUGACCUCGAUCCGCACCGGUCGCAGGAUCAUUUAAUCGUUUAAAUUAGUUUCGAUAAGUUUUGUAUUACGUUCGCUUUUUAAACUCUUGCGUGUCGCAAAAUAGCAACAACAUCAUGUCCUUUUGUUUAUAAGACUUAACCUUAGCAAUUAUACAUUUAAACUACAUAUUGAUACAUACAUAUUGAUGUACUCCAAAAAAAGAAUUCAGUCGUUAGCCUAAGUUGAUGAUCGAUGAUCUACGGAUAAAGUUGGGCCAAAAUUGUUUGUCUUAGUUUGUUUCUGGCCACGCAGGCCAACCAAUACGAGAGUUU